GCACGCGCGUGGUACCCACGGUCGUGAGGAGGAGGAGGAUGUUGCGCGUGAAGGGGAAAUGGCUGCCGAAAACAAGCCGGAAGGACUGAAGAAAGUUCGUAAUCCGGAUCGAAUGUACAGAUCAGCAGUGUGUUAUGCUGGCCAUGGUCCACCUAAGAGUAUCAGUGAUGACACAGAGACGAACAAUGAACAUGGACAUUUGAAAAUAUACCUGCCCAAGAAGCUGCUUGAAUGUCUACCAAAAUGCACCUCGCUGCCAAAGGAGAGACACCGGUGGAACACUAAUGAGGAGAUCGCAGCUUACUUGAUAACAUUUGAAAAGCAUGAAGAAUGGCUAACGACAUCCCCUAAAACAAGGCCGCAGAAUGGGUCGAUGAUAUUGUACAAUAGGAAGAAGGUGAAGUACAGAAAGGAUGGCUACUGCUGGAAGAAGAGGAAAGACGGGAAGACCACACGGGAGGAUCACAUGAAGUUGAAAGUGCAGGGAGUUGAGUGUCUGUAUGGCUGCUACGUCCACUCCUCCAUCAUCCCCACCUUCCACCGUAGGUGCUACUGGCUGCUCCAGAACCCUGAUAUUGUGCUCGUCCACUAUUUGAAUGUUCCAGCCAUUGAGGAUUGUGGGAAACCAUGUGGUCCGAUCCUGUGCUCCAUCAAUACAGACAAGAAGGAGUGGGCCAAGUGGACGAAGGAAGAGCUGAUCGGCCAGCUCAAGCCCAUGUUUCAUGGCAUCAAGUGGACUUGCAGCAAUGGGAACAGCAGCUCUGGCUUCUCAGUGGAGCAGCUAGUGCAACAGAUUCUGGACAGCCACCAAACUAAGCCACCUCCCCGGACUCACAACUGCCUCUGCACGGGCACCCUGGGUGCGGGGAGCAGUGUGCACCACAAAUGCAACAGCGCCAAACACCGCAUCAUCUCCCCUAAGGUGGACCCUCGCUCAGGGGGCUACAGCAGUGCUCACUCUGAGGUGCAAAACAACGAUGUGUCGGAGGGGAAGACCGAGCACAGUGCCCAUGGUGGAGGCAAAAGCUCUGGGGGAGGAGGCGGAGGGGGCAGUGCCAGGGAGAAGCGCAACGGCAAAGUCCAUAAGCCUGUCCUGCUGCACCAGAACAGCACAGAGGUGUCAUCCACAAACCAGGUCGAAGUCCCCGACACCACGCAGAACUCCCCCGUGUCCAUCAGCAGCGGCCUCAACAGCGAUCCAGACAUGGCUGACAGCCCCGUGGUGACAGGGAUGAGCCACGUGGCCUCCGUCAUGUCUGGCCUGUCCCAGAGUGUCUUUAUGUCUGAGGUCACUGGAGAUCCUGUCUACAGCAUGUCUCCUACUGGGGGUCCCAACACUCACCUGAUGGGUGCAGAUGCCACCUCACAGGGCUUGGUGCUGUCUGAUCGUCACAAAUUUGCCUUCCCCAGUGGAGGAGUAGGGGAGCCUGGGACUACAGCUGCAGGAGACAGUCUGUCCAUGCUGUCUUCAGCUGGGGUGUCUGAGGAACUGGUGCUCUCCAGCAGUCUGGACGCUGGAAACAUCAAGAUCCCAGAGACCAAUAUGAACUUUGACCCCGACUGCUUCCUAAACAACCCCAAACAGGGCCAGACAUAUGGAGGCAGUGCAAUGAAGACAGAGGGCAACUCUUCCUCAACCUCAUCUUCCUCCGGUGGCAGCAGUUGCACCAACGGCAGCCUGCAGCGCUCCCCCACCAUGUCAGACAAUGGCUACACCUUCAGCUCAGCUUUGGUAAAGAACAUCAAGACAGAAGACACGUCCUUUGAGCAGCAGCUGGCCAAGGAGAGCGGCUACCAGGUGGGGCCAGUGGUAAACUGUGGCAGCGGGGUGUCUGUGUCAUCUGGUGCUGGUUCAGGCCAGGGCAGCCUGACUCUGACCCCAGCAGGCUCCCUGCUUCCUUCUGGUGGGGGUCUGAGUCCCAGCACCACCCUGGAACAGAUGGAUUUCAGUGCUAUUGAUGCCAAGCAGGACUACUCUUCCAGUGCUACCACAGUGAGCUAUGCUCAGGCCAUGUCCAGUCCUCACAUGCAACACCAGAAUCGUUCCCCCAGCUUCUUCCUCCAGGAUUCCUCUCAGACCAGCCAGGCCCAGCAGGGGAGGCCAAGCAUGGGCCAGAAAACACAUAUGAUGGAGCACAACUCCCACGACUCUGGAGCUUAUAUGGGGCUGCAGGUGGUGAAGACGGACUCCCCCGGCAGCAACGGCCACCUCCACCAUCACCACCAGGCGCACCAGACCCAGCACAGGGCCAACUGUAAUGGAGGCUCACCCACAGAGGGGACUGGCCAGGCUGGCUCCCUCCAGCUGCUACAGUACCAGGGGAGCUUUCCUGGGCUGGGCAAUGAGCACGAGGAGGUAGUAGGUUUAGAGCAACCAGGCAAUGUGAAUUCAGCUCAGGCUGGAGCCACGGAGAAUGGAGCUGAGAAUCUUCUCAAGCAGGGAGACCACAUUCAGGCCUGUGGGGCGGGAAACGGAGAGGGUGCGGAGCACUAUCUGCAGCAGGCUUCGGAUGGUGGUGCAGGAGGGACUGGAGGUGCAGGAGAAGGGGUAGCAAUUCAUAAUGGCAACAACAACAAUGAUGGCAGCAACCGCUCCCAGCAGCAACAGCAGCUGCAGCCUCUCCUCCAAGGCACCAGUAUGGUCCAGGGACUCUACAACGCUGUCGGAACCCACCAAGGCCUCGGUGGAGCGGCCAGUAAUGGAGGAGCAGGAGGGACAGGCAUGGAGAUCAGUCUGGAUCACUUUGACAUCUCUUUUGGAAACCAGUUCUCUGACCUCAUCAAUGACUUCAUCUCAGUGGAUGGCAGUGGAACCACCAUGUCAGCCGGAGGGGCCCUGUACGCUCACCAGCUAGUCACAUCCCACAGCUCCGAUAGUCAGAACGCAGGUGGUGGGGCCCCCCAGCAGGGCCAGGAAGAUGGAGGGGCCAGGGGCUCUGGCUACAGCCCCUCAGAGCUCUGCCUUCAGCCCUGCUGCAGCCCCCAGUCUCUGAGUGGAGGGGCUGCAGCAGGGGGAAACACAGCGGAGGCAGGCUCAUUGUCCUACAUGAAUGUAGCAGAGGUGGUGUCUGCAGCUGUCGCCCAGGGGGCUCUGGGGAUGCUUCAGGCCACAGGCCGGCUCUUCAUGGUCACUGACUACUCCCCUGAGUGGUCCUACCCUGAGGGCGGAGUUAAGGUGCUGAUCACCGGGCCCUGGCAAGAGGCCAGCUCAAACUACAGCUGCCUGUUUGACCAGAUCUCAGUCCCAGCAUCUCUCAUCCAACCAGGGGUGCUGCGCUGCUACUGCCCAGCUCAUGACACAGGUCUGGUGACGCUGCAGGUGGCUGUCAGUAACCAGAUCAUCUCCAACUCGGUGGUGUUUGAGUACAAGGCCCGCGCUCUUCCCUCACUGCCAUCAUCUCAGCACGACUGGCUCUCGCUGGAUGAUAACCAGUUCAGAAUGUCUAUCCUGGAGCGCUUGGAGCAGAUGGAGAGGAGGAUGGCAGAGAUGGCCAGCCACCAGCAGUCGAGCAGUGCAGGGAGUGGCGGAGCUGGGGGAGGAACAGGGGGAGGGGGAGGAGGAGGAGGGGGAGGAGGCGGAGGAGGGGGAGGCAACAACAGCCAGUCACAGUGUGUAUCUGGUCAGACGCAGGCCAGCAGCUCCUUUGAGAGUCGUGUCGUUGUGGUCUGUGAGAAGAUGAUGAGCAGAGCUUGCUGGGCCAAGUCCAAACAUUUAAUCCACUCCAAGACCUUCAGAGGCAUGACACUCCUUCACCUGGCUGCAGGCCAGGGCUACGCCACCCUCAUCCAGACACUCAUCAAGUGGCGCACCAAACAUGCUGACAGUAUUGAUUUGGAGUUAGAAGUGGACCCUCUCAAUGUCGACCAUUUCUCCUGCACACCUCUGAUGUGGGCGUGUGCACUGGGUCACCUGGAGGCAGCAGUGGUCCUGUAUAAAUGGGACAGACGUGCCCUAGCCAUCCCAGAUUCUCUGGGCCGUUUACCCCUCUCAAUUGCUCGAUCUCGUGGCCAUACGAAAUUGGCCGAAUGUCUGGAGCAGCUACAAAGAGAAGAGCAGCAGCCACCAGCCCCUCUACCACCCACAACUCGCAUGUCUUUCUCCCCGGCCCCUGACACCCCCACCACAGACAGCUGGAUGGUCAGCUGGGCAAACAACAGUGUAGUAGCACCCAGUGGCAAGAAAGGGGGUCCUGCCACCACGACAACAACAUCCAGCACCACAAGCCUCAAUCCAGACUUGAGAAGGCCCAGGUCAGAGCCCUCCAACUACUACAGCAGCGAGGGCCAAAGAGACCUCCCGCUAGCUAAAAAACACAAACCCAACCCAGAACUGUUUCAGACUCGGCCUGACAAGGCCAUGUCUGUUCCUCUGAGCCUGGAGCAGCAACAGCUCCACAAGCUGUCCUCUAGCCCCAAGAGCUUGUCCUCAGAGGGCCUGAGCUCAGACAAGGGCCUGUCUACAGGAGGCAGCACAGGGACAACCAGAUGGACCUCCAGAGAGAGUUUCUCCAGCAGCGGCAUGGGGAGGAAGGCGCUGGGGGUCAGUGGAAGCAGCAGCCUGGGGAAGGAGAAAUUGGUGAACCGGUUACGUCAGCGGGAACAGCUCGGCAUGCUGGUGAUGGCUGACAGAGAAAUGGCUGAUGCAGAACUACUAUCCUAUCGGGAAGAUCUGGAGAACCAGGACUGUCUCACGCAGAUGGAUGACCUGCAGGCCAACAUGAUGACUCUGGCAGAGCACAUCAUUGAGGCGACGCCAGAGAGAAUCAAAAGGGAGAACUUCAGCGCGGCGGACUCUGUGCCCUUAGACACAUCAGGGGUCAGCAACACCAUGAACUGGCUGGCCAACUACCUUGGAGAUGUGGAACAGCUGCCGAGCAUCAUACACCUACGAUCUCUCUAUAACGAACCCCUGACCCCAUCGUCCAACCCCAGCCUCAGUCCUGGGGGGUCCCCGCUGAGAGAGGGGCCCCUGGAGAGGUCUACACUCCCAUCCCCAGCUGACUGGAGUGAGUUCAUCAAUGCCUCCAACAGCAAGGUGGAGCGAGACCUGGCCCAGCUGACUCUGUCAGAUCCAGAGCAGAGAGAGCUGUAUGAGGCCGCCCGCCUAGUCCAAACUGCCUUCCGCAAGUACAAGGGGCGGCCGCUCCGAGAGCAACAGGAAGUAGCUGCUGCUGUUAUUCAACGUUGUUACAAGAAGUACAAACAGCUAACAUGGAUAGCCUUGAAGUAUGCACUUUAUAAGAAGAUGACGCAGGCCGCCAUCCUUAUCCAGAGUAAAUUCCGCAGCUACCACGAACAGAAGAAGUUUCAGCAGAGCAGGAGGGCUGCCGUGCUCAUUCAGCAAUACUACCGCAGCUACAAGGAGUUUGGCAGGCUGAAGCCCCACCACCGCGGGGCCGCUGCUGCCCUGGUGCAGCACAAACUGAGAGGUAGUCUGCUCACAAAGAGGCAGGAUCAGGCUGCCAGGAAGAUCAUGAGGUUCCUACGUCGCUGCCGCCACAGCCCCUUGAUGGACCAUAGACUGUUCAAGCGGGGUGAAAGAAUUGAAAAGGGCCAGGGAACAUGAGACCCCUCAGAAGAGCCCCCUCGCGAUGUGACAUCACUCUCCUGACUCCUCUUUUUCGUUUUUGUUUGUACCCGAGACAUUUUACAAGAGAAAUGAAAGAAAAAAAACAUCAAUGCAAGCACUGCGAUUAUUACUACUACUGCGGUGUUUCUGGUUCAACUACUAUUACAUGUACAACAGCAUUUUUUCACAUAUCUAUUCUUUCCACUGACUUGAUUUCGAUCGGAGAGUGGCAACUUCUACGGGAUUAUAAACUCAAAGGGUCGGGGUGGGGGGUGCAGAACAUUUGCUUCAUGGCAUUUUUUGCACUUUUUCAUGGAUUGCUUUGUCUUUUUGAAUAUGAAGAGGUUUCGGACGGUGAAAAGGAAGCAAACGCAGGACAUGCCUGAGGAGGUCUGUCAAACACGAGGACCUCGAGAGACAUGAAUUAAAAGGCUGCUGCAGAAGAUCUCAGAGGAUAGGGAGACCACGCAGAAACACUCUGGGCUCUAAUUGUAUUUCAUAAUUUUUUAAGUGACCGAUCGAUUCAUUUGAAGAAGGAUUUUUUUUUUAAACCAAAUAUAUUGGUCACCCACGCGCCCACUUCUGUCCACUGCUGUAGAUGAUUAUUCAAUUUAGCUCAACAACUCCAGCUGUCCCACUGUGCUCUACCCCACCAGUCUGCCCACACGGGUGGAGCUACAAAUGAAUGUAGUCCGGGGGUUUAACCAUGCAGAUGGGGGAUAAAAUAUUUCUGUUUUGCCAUUUCUUAAAAAAACCCUAUGCUUUAUCGUAUAUAUUGUCACUUUAUUACUUGAAUUUGUUCCAUACUGUCCGAUGUAUUUGUUCCAUCAUGUCCAAUGUAUUGGUGAUCUGUAUCUUCAGACUCUAUGUUGUUGAAUCCUACCAAGAAAAAGAUGCAUGACUUCUUGGCAAGAAAAGUCUUUGCUUGUGUGCUUAUGGUCUAGUCUUUCAGCCUAUCCUCUGAUUUUCUUUUUGUUUCCAUCUCCUCUCCCCAUAAGUUCGGUCAUCUCGGUAAUGAAGCUAUCCCCGUAUUGUCCUGUUUCUUUUCGUUCUGUUUCAUUUACGCUUCUUUCGGUUGAUUGCUCCUCUGGAACCUAACGAGAAAAGAACUUGCCUAUUUUGUGUUGUAACGGUUAUGGUCAUGCAGGUUAUUACUUGUUCUUUUUAAAUGAACUUCAGAGCCUGUGAAGGCUUUUGAGGGGAAGAUCACAUACAUUGCCUUGACGUCUUAGAGAUUCUUUGAGGGGUCCCUAAGCUUGUCCCAAAAUAGGGGUUUGACAAAUCCAUAUUUUUGACAAUUGAGCGAUUUCUGUAUAUAAAGAAGGCUGAAAGUACGUAGGAAAAAAAAACAUUUACCCAAAGGGGAUUGUAUUUUAGAAAUAUAUUAUUUUAUUCAUUAAAAAUGGGUCAAAAACAGGUACGAGACAAAAACAGAAUAUUUGUAUAGUUUUGUUUGAAUGCCUAAGAAGUAUGGUUGUAUUGUUUGUAAAUAGUGUAAAUAACUGGGAUAAAAAUGAGCUAUGUGCAUGAAAAGUAUGAACAGAGUCAAAAAGGGAAAAAAAACAACAAAAGCAGUAGUGGCUAUGCUCUGUAAAAUUAAAACUAUUUCACUAUUAGAGUAUUUUAUUUUAUUUUGAUUGUUCUUGAGAAGAACAUUUUGCUAAAGCAUGAUAUUAUUGCAAUAUAAAAAGUAAAAAAAAAAAUACUGUAUUUAGAGUUAGGAGAAGUCUGCAAAAUUAUCUUAAAAACAAGUAUGGUUAUGUUUACAUUUUUUUUUUAUUAUCAUUUGUUUGUUUUGGGCUACCAAGAAUCUUUUGCCAAUGGUGCCAAGGUAUGUGAAUGCUAUAUAGCUUAAGAAGAGAAUUAAGUUAAUUUUUGCAGAACAGAUAAUCAUACAGUGAAAUACACACUAGCACUGACGACCAUACGAUCACAGGUGGUCGAGGAUCACUAGAACAAUAAGGUACACAGUCUGCAGAGGGAGUCAUAUUUAAAGCAGAAAGCAUUUAAGUCUCUCAUGUCUCCACCAUUCCCACAGAUAACUGAAGCAUUUGACCAUCACUGAACACACCAUAGCAGAGUUUGACUUUUUUAUUUUUGUUGUCAUUGCAAAUGGAAUGUGUUACUGAGGUAUCUUGCCUGAUCUUAAAGAUUGUCAGCCUUGCCCACGGUGUUAAAUCGCCUCUUUAAAUUUACACAAUGUUGCAGCAAACACUGAUCGAUCAAUUCUUGGCUGAUCCCUGUAGUCACCUGUACGGAUUUUCCAAAUACGAUGUUUUAAUUUUAAGAAAGCACCUUGAUCAAGGCUGCCACAGUCUAAACAGACCUUGUAUUCCAUGUCAAAAAGAACAAAAAUGUCUGGUUGAAACAUGUGUAGCAUAACUGUACAUGAGUGGAUUUCUUCGUCAAGCAGCUCAAAACGUUUGCAAAACCGACUGUUCCGACAGUCACAGGUGCUAAACAGCAGCACUAAAAGUUGCCUUGAUGCAGGGUCAAUGAGCCAAAAUGACUGUAACUAAUGUGUAAAAAAACAGUGCACUGGUGCCAUUUAUAAUUACGAGGCAUACGAUGUGUCUUGUCCAUUGGGUAAUAUAUAUACUGUAUAUAUUGCAGUUUUGACUGGGCUGUUGGAACAAUCUGAAAGAGGAGCUGCUGGUUUAGAGGUGCCUGUUGGUUGCUGCCUAAUUCCUCUAAUAUAUUCCUACCAGAACUACCAGGAAGUGUAUUCUGUAUCAAAGUAAUGACAUUUGAUUAUUCAGCCAAGUGCCACUGAAAAACUUGAGUUUUGUUUAUUGAAGUGUUGUCAUGUUUGUUCAAUAAUUACUAGGCUACGAAGGUGUUUCUCUGAUUUAUUUAUUUUCUCGACUGACUGGUUGUUUUGUUGUUUUUUCUGCCACACGCCCGAUAUGUAAACUUUUAUUAUUUCCCGAGUGUUUAUGUAGAAAGUGCCUAUUCAUAUCCUGAUCACACAAACCCAGUGUCAGAAUGCAUCCGAUGUACCUGAGGUUGAGAGAAUGUGAGACGACGUGGUCACCCACACACACAGUUCUGCAUCCUCUGCAUGAACACACAUCCGUCACCGUCACCUUACACUCACCAAAGCGACAAUAUGAUAUUCUCUGUUCACUCCAGUUAUCAGCACAGCACUCCAGCUUGUCAACAUGCUAAGCUUUACUUUGAUUUUUAUGCCUUCUUUUUAUGUUAUUUUUUUUAAUGGGACAGCUUGUUAAAAUCACACUUAGAAACGCCACUACUGGGGUUUGUUGCCUCGCAUUCAUCCUCCUGGUCUGUGGUUAGAAUGCAUAGCCAAUGCAAUGUCGUGGCAAAAAAGGAGAAGGAUUUAUUAUGCUUGCAUGGGUAAAAUAGUUAACUGGGUGACAGAACUGCACCUAAAGCAUGCUUAUUUUCCUAGAAUCGGUAGUCAGAUAGACUUGUUAAAAGACUUACUGUUCUGUAAAACGAUGAACGUUGGUUUGACGUGUCACAGAACUCCGAAAGACAGAGGGCAUGUGACUGCAGGGCUGACGGGAAACCUACAAAUGAGCCAAUGAUCAAUACUCAGUAGCUACUGACGUUUUCACAGCAAAGCAUGAGGACAGGAUUGUGUUUUUUUUUUAAGACCAAGCUCUAACUUUUUAGACUUAUUUCUUCCGUUUUUUUAUUUAUUCUUUUUAAGAUUUGAUCAGUGUGCUCCCAACUUCAAAUAGGACAAAUGGUUGGAGACCAUUGUGACAGUAUGUAUAGCAAGUAUUAACUAAGUGACACACGGUACACACAGACACAUGCACAAGACACAGCACACGCAGACAUGUCAAGGUGUCAGUUUCAUUUGUACACCGAGCGGCAUCGCUCUUCUCCAGGCUGAGGGACUGGUUCACCUCCCUUCUGUAUUUUACUCAGGGUGCCAAAAUGGGGAGGAGGAAACAGAGCAGGACACGUGAUUCACGGCAGAAGAAGCUGAAAUUGAAAAAACCUUUCAGCUGGGCUUUCUGGUAAAGACAGACAGGUUCAGCGCUGCGAUACUGAAGUCUUUAAAAUGAAUGAAAUAUAAUCCAUUUCCUCUCAGUAACGUUGAACACAGCAGACGGCGGUGGAGCCCUGGAAUAAAGUCCUGUCAUAUAUAGCUCAUUAAGAAAAAUGAUUUGACUUUCUGUCAUAGGAGCCUGUCAAAUCAUCGUAUAAUUCUGGCCGGUUCUUUAGGCCUUUAAUUUAUCUAAGUGACAAAGUGUAGAGGGUAUUUAAGAUUAAGAGUGUAGUUAUAUGAAAAGUUCACCUGCAAAUCUUGUUUUUACUGCCAUUUAUGAAUGGGAUGACAGGUUAGCUGAUAGGCACUCUUCACACACAGUAUUAUCAAUUUCGAGACGUUCUGUGAAUUGACCUGGGAAUCUGCCUUUCCUCCUCUUCUUUUUCCCCGAGCACCCAAACCAGAGAAAGGUAGGCACAUCAGGACAACAGAACAGAAACAGUUUUACAACAUAUUCCACUUGUGGACACAGAGCAAUAAAGAACUAUUUUGUGGAGACCUAUAGACCUAGUGAAGUUUAAAAUGAUUGGACACAUGUAGUCGACUUACUCUUAUGCAAAUGCCAGUAUUGCAAGACAAGCAUUCAGUAGUUUAUGGACAGCAAUUAUAUGGCACCCUUUACCGAACUGCACGUUUUCAUCAAUUCCAAACCGAGAAGAAAAAAAAAGGCCCUGCUUUGAUAGAAAGUCACGGGUCCUCGACACUUUGCAUGUGAACUAGUGUUAGAUCUAUUUUCCUCUCCUCUAUAGCUGUCUUUCUCUCUGUCUUUCCCUGUUAUGUGACCCAAUUUUUCUCCGCCCCCGACCCUUGACCCCCCUUAAAAAGUUUCAUCUCCUCUUGGUUCUCCUAAUGUGUUUUGCUUUCCUCCUUUUUCUUCCCCUUCUCUUGUUUGUAAGUUUUAUUUUUGUAAUUGUGCAUGUACAAGCGUCACUGACUCGAUGGAUAUGUUAAAAAAAAAAGAGAUUUCAGCUGCUGAAGCCAUGCAAAACGUUUUGAAUUGCCCUUAAAAUAUGGAAGAUGUUUUCUGAAUGCUUUAUAUUCUUUCUGCUGUAAAAUA